AGUGAAAAGACAAGCCCCUCUAGGAGAGCAUACAGAGACUGACGGAACCAGAUAUUACAGACAGUCGUCUUAAUAAUCAGGAAAAAGAAUAUAAUAUAACGUGUGUGAUGGCGGAGGAUAAUCUGACGGCAGUGCUACACGCGGCGCAGGAUCUAAGGCUGGAGCAGAGAACUAUCCCGCAACCAGGACCAGGAGAGGUGCUGCUGCGGGUGGCAAGUGUCGGGAUUUGCGGGUCAGAUGUGCACUACUGGUGGCGCGGCCGUACUGCACGCUUCGUGGUAGAGGCGCCACUCGUCCUGGGACACGAGUCCUCCGCCACAGUGGUUGCCUGCGGCCCCUACGUUCACUCCCUCAAACCAGGAGAUCGCGUGGCCAUCGAGCCAGGAGUGCCCUGUCGGAGGUGUGAUCACUGUCGGAGCGGCCGCUACAACGUGUGUCCCCAUGUGAGGUUCUGCGCCACCCCCCCCGUAGACGGCACCCUCACCCGCUACUACGUCCACCCUGCAGACUUCUGCUUCAAGCUGCCCGAUUCUGUCAGCGACGAGGAGGGAGCUAUGUUGGAACCGCUGGCAGUGGCUGUGUAUUCCUGCAAACGUGCCGAGGUGGGGCCGGGCACGCCGGUACUGGUGCUUGGGGCAGGACCCAUCGGGCUGGUGGCUGUCCUCACGGCCAAGGCUAUGGGCGCCGGUCCUAUCUGUGUGACGGAUAUCAAUGAGAAGCGCCUGCAGUUCGCCAAGGAACUCGGAGCUCAUUACACAGUCAACGUGUCGGGACGCAGCACGAAGGAGGCGGCCGACGAGAUCCUGUCGGUGAUGCCUGACCCACCAACCGCCCUGCUGGAGUGUUCAGGGGCAGACUCAUCCUAUCAGAUCAGCAUCCUGGUGGGCGCCCCGCAGAGUAUACUGGUGACGGUGGGGCGCGGCAAGCCCGAGGUGACCCUGCCCAUGACUCUGGUCACGGUGAAAGAGAUGGACAUUCGUGGCAUAUUCAGAUAUGCUAACUGCUACCCGGUGGCGCUGUCUCUGGUGGCGUGCGGUAGGGUGGACGUGCGGCCACUCAUCACCCACCGCUUCACACUGCGCCAGGUGGAGGACGCCUUCCACGCCGCCAAGGAGGGUGUCGCUAUCAAAGUCAUGAUCCGCGUACAGCAGGAAAACUUUCCCACGGCCGUCCAGGAUCAAGCGGCGCCGGCACUUGUCUGAUGCUAUACUCGUAUUUAUUUAUUUCACUUAAUGAUUUGGUGAUUUUGUUUUUCACACUGGAGACACCACAGACAUGGCACAAGGUGUGGUGGGAGGCACCAAAUACCUGCAGGAAUAUACGUAUGUGAUAGUCAUAAGACGAACGUUGGUUGAAAUAAAAUAGCUAAUUUGAAUUUAAUGACUCCGUUUGUUGUAUCGCUGAAUUUUGUAUAAUUGUAUGAAUAAAACAUAUAGUUUGUUUACUCAAAGCGAGCCAAGUUUCUAAUACAUUUCCGAAGCUAU